AAACACUUAUUAAUAUGUUUAAUUUCAAACGGCAUCUGUAGUACUCCAUUAUGACUGAUAACCUAUAAAAGCAUGGUCUGCAAACGGCCAAUGGCUGCUUCCCAAACUCAGGGUGUAGCAACGUUGCAUCAUGGGAGUAUAAACAGAAGGGCGCUAGCAGCAGAGAGGCUAGCUUCUCUGCAGAGGAGGACGGGGUUUGGCGUGAAUAUCGGAGCGGCAGCAGUGAAAAUGUCUUCGGUUCAGUCUCUCCGAGAGUUUAUCGGUGAGCGGUUAACUGCUGCCGCGGAGGAAAUCUUCAGUCAUGUGGAGAAAACCAUCUUUAAGCUGGAGGAGGAGGUGGAAAGUCAGCGCAGAGUGAUGGACAUGAUGAUGAAGUCACACUUACAGCUGAGGACCACAGCUCUCCCUCAGAGUGACCCGUGGAACCAGGAUAGAACCUCCAUUGUGGAUCAGGAGGACUCAGAACCUCCACAGGUGAAGGAGCAACAAGAGGAGGUCUGCAUCAGCCUAGAUGAAGAUCAGCUCAGUCUGAAGCAGGAGGAGGAUAUCCUGAUGGUGACUCUUGAUGAGGAAGACGAUCUCCACAGCCAGCAGUUCCAAACUCGGAGCUUUAAUGUCACUUAUGGUCAGGAAGAGGAUCUGCUGGAAGCGUCAACAUCGACUACAGACGGAGAACCUCAGAACAGCAGCAGAAGUCACGUCCAGAACGAGGACAGCUCCCACGCAUCAGAUCCAGACUCUGAGAAGAUGUCCGAAGGAGACAGCUGCGACGAAACCUCAAAGAAAAAGAGGAAGAAUUUCACUUGUAAAGAUUGUGGGAAAAAGUAUUCAACCAUUUCCACCCUGACUAACCACAGGAGAAUCCACAGCGGAGAGACGCCCUACCGCUGUGGAGAGUGCGGUAAAAGCUUUCACCUCAGGUCGACCUUCAGGAGCCACGUCCUCGCCCACAAACCCGCAAAGCCCUUCUUCUGUGACCUGUGUGGCAAAGGCUUCAGCGAAAACUCCCACCUGACCGGCCACAUGAGGAUUCACACGGAGGCCCAGUUCUUCUGUGAGGAGUGCGGGAAGAGCUUCCGCCACGGCUGCAACCUGAAGCGCCACAUGCUGACCCACACCGGGGAGAAGCCCUUCUCCUGCGAGGAGUGCGACAAAAGCUUCAGCCAGAGCACCACGCUCCGGAACCACAUGACCAUUCACACCGGCGCCAAGCCCUUCGCCUGCACGGAGUGCGACAAGAGCUUCAACCGAAGGUCCACGCUGGAGAACCACAUGAAGACGCACACGGGGGCCCGGCCUUUCCUCUGCAAAGUGUGCGGCAAAAGCUUCACCCUGAAGAUGACUCUGACCAGUCAUUCCAGGAUUCACACGGGAGAGAGGCCCUUCUCCUGUGAGGAGUGUGACAAGAGCUUCACGCACAGAACCAGCCUGAAGAAGCACAUGAAGACUCACCUGAAGGAGACCUUCUGUGGAGUGGGUUCUGUGAGCUUCAGCAGGACCACGGACUUCACUGAACACAUGAGAAGACACGACAAGUUCCUGCUUCCCGUCACAGACGCCAACCCGUCACCUCUGCAUGGAUCUGCAGGAACCUGGGAGGAGCUACCAGAAGGCACCACGCCACUUCCUGUUUAAGGCAGGUUUAAAACCAAAACUACUGGGUCAAUACGCAACUUAAAUGUCAGUAUUUGUGUGAUGAAUCCCAUGAAAUAUUCUAAUUUAAAACCAAAAUAUUUCCGUUUAUACGAUUCCAGACUAAGUUUUGUUCUAAAAGAUUGAACGGUUUCAUUUCAUUUGAUUGUGGUAAAACUUUGACUUACGGCUGUUUUGUGUUACAAAAUGUUCAGAAUCAUUAAUCAGACUUUGUUAAAAAUGACAUCAGUCCUAAAAUUGUUCUUUUUGGCCGUAUAAAUAAAGGUUUUCAUCAUUA